AUGAUUCAAGAAAUAAAUCUAAGUUAAGAAAUCUCGAAUGAUUAAAAGGUCAUGUUAAUCAUUGACAAAAAAAUUUUAGAUUUGACACUCAAAUUUAUUAAGAAUUUGAAUAAAAGUACUAUGUAAAUAAGUGAUAUUGGGACUUUCAAAAGAAGAGUAGUACCAUUUUUUAUGAAUCAGUUUUAUCAUUGGGCUAUUAAUAGAAAACUUAAAUAAGUGGUAAAUUACUUGAAAUAGCUCAAGAAAAAUAAAGAAUCUUAGUAAAAGAAAUUUGAGUUAGGAGAUCUUAAAGAACUUUUCACAAAUAAAGAAACAGCAAUUUCUUCGGAUAAUAUAAUAAAAGAUUAAACAAGAGAGUCCUGGAAAGAAUUUCUAAAAAACUAUGCUGUAUAAUCAGUAUUAAGAAAUCAAAAGAUAAAAUGCAUGGAUACUAAAUAAAACUAUAUUAAAUACAUUCCGAUAUUAAUUGAAGAAUUGGAUUAAAUGUUUCCAUAUGAUAAAUUGCUAUCAAAGUACAAAUUGCCCUCUGUGUUACCUGGAUUUAUUAAUUUUGAAGAGAUGAUUCAAUAUGAGAGUAAUCCCUAGUACUCUACGAAUGAAAAUUUCCUAUGA